CUUAUCUUUUGACUGCAAUUCACACCUACCGUUGUUUCACUAAUCUCUCCACCUCUUUCGGUCCUCUUUCGAUUUCCUCCUCCUUUUUGACCCUUUAUGAAAUCUUCUCUCUUUUAUAAAUAGAGAUUCCUCCUUGUUAUUAUAUAACUCCAAUUAAGUCCAAACUCUCAUACAGAGAGUGUGUAUUGGAGAGAGAGAGAGAGAGAGAGAGAGAGAGAGAGAUGGGUAAGGAGAUGCAGAGCAACAUGAACAGCAUGUACAUGGAACAAGUCCCGGAGGCCAUUGAAGCAGGAAAAAUUAACAAGAACUUGGAUGAUGAUGGACGCCCCAUAAGAACUGGGACUCUGGUGACUGCAAGUGCACAUAUCAUAACAGCUGUGAUAGGAUCUGGAGUGCUAUCUCUAGCAUGGGCCAUAGCCCAACUGGGCUGGGUGGCCGGCCCGGCGGUUCUCAUGGCCUUCUCUUUCAUCACAUACUUCACUUCCACCCUCCUCGCCGACUGUUACCGGGCUCCCGACCCGAUCACCGGCCGGAGAAACUACACUUACAUGGAUGUUGUGAGAGCUCACUUAGGGGGUGUGAAGGUCCAGCUGUGUGGAAUAGCUCAAUAUGGAAAUCUCAUAGGGGUUACUAUUGGAUACACAAUAACUGCUUCUAUUAGCAUGGUGGCCGUGAAAAGGUCAAAUUGUUUCCACAAACACGGGCACGAUGUCAAGUGCUCGAUAUCAAACUACCCAUUCAUGAUAAUAUUUGCAACAAUCCAGAUAGUUUUGAGUCAGAUACCAAACUUCCACAAGCUCUCUUGGCUCUCCAUUCUUGCAGCAGUCAUGUCCUUUGCCUAUUCUUCUAUUGGUCUUGGACUCUCAAUGGCCAAAAUAGCAGGAGGUGGGCAUGCAAGGACAAGCCUCACGGGGGUGCAAGUAGGGGUAGACGUGUCCGCAUCUGAGAAAGUUUGGAAGACCUUCCAAGCCAUUGGAGACAUCGCUUUUGCCUACGCUUAUUCCACCGUCCUCGUCGAGAUUCAGGACACACUGAGAUCACACCCACCAGAGAGCAAAGUGAUGAAGAAGGCUUCGCUAAUGGGAGUUUCAACAACCACCAUGUUCUACAUGCUGUGUGGGUGUCUCGGCUAUGCAGCAUUUGGCAACAAUGCACCAGGAAAUUUCCUCACCGGGUUCGGUUUCUAUGAGCCAUUCUGGCUAAUCGACUUGGCCAAUAUUUGCAUCGCGGUUCACCUAGUUGGGGCCUAUCAAGUUUUCUGUCAGCCCAUAUUCGGGUUCGUUGAGGCCCGUUGCCAAGCCCGCUGGCCCGAAAGCAAAUUCAUAACAAGCGAGCAUUCCAUAAGCCUCCCGUUCUGUGUAUCCUACAACUUCAACUUCAACUUCUUCAGACUGGUGUGGAGGACGGCCUACGUAAUCGUGACGGCGGUUUUCGCGAUGAUAUUCCCUUUCUUCAACGACUUCCUGGGGUUGAUCGGGGCGGCAUCGUUUUACCCGUUGACGGUGUAUUUCCCCAUAGAAAUGCACAUUGCACAGACCAAAAUACCCAAGUUUUCCUUCACGUGGAUAUGGCUCAAGAUCUUGAGCUGGUCCUGUUUGGUUGUUUCACUUGUUGCUGCAGCUGGAUCCAUUCAGGGGUUGGCCCAAGACCUCAGGACAUACAAGCCCUUCAAAACUAUGAAUUAAAUUGAAAUAGUAUUUUGUAUCCUAAAAAUGUACUAAUAUUUUCCAAUAAAAAUGAAUUUACAGUGUUGUCUAGAUCAGUGGCGCUGUAUUUAAGUAUGAGAUUAUAAACCUUUUCCAUUUGAUCACAAUGAGAUUAUAAACCUUGGCUGUUCAUAUAGAACAAUUCGUUCGAGUA